AUUUUGAAUAUGGCGCCCAGGGAAAAAAUUGGUGCAGUGACGGCGGCGGCAGCAGCUAUGGCGGUGGGGAAAUUGAAUGGAAUUUCGAAAGAGGUGCAUUAUAGAGGUGUAAGGAAGAGGCCAUGGGGGAGAUACGCGGCGGAGAUAAGAGAUCCCGGUAAAAAAAGCCGGGUUUGGCUUGGUACUUUUGAUACUGCGGAGGAAGCGGCCAAAGCUUAUGAUAACGCUGCUAGGGAAUUCCGUGGAGCUAAAGCGAAAACUAAUUUUCCUCAAUUACUAAAGGAGGAAGAUCUGAAAUUCCCUGUUAAAAAUGAAAUCAAUCGGAGUCCCAGUCAGACUAGUACUGUUGAAUCGUCGAGUCCGGUUAUGGUUGAUUCAUCAUCGCCGUUAGAUCUAAGACUUUGUGGAUCAAUCGGCGGGUUUAACCAUAAUACUGUUAGAUUUCCGAUCUCUGGUGGAGGUUUUACCGGUGCUGUUCCGGCGGUGAAUCAUAUGUACUAUUUAGAUGCACUUGCACGCGCCGGAGUUAUAAAUUUAGAAACAAAUCGGAAGAAGACGGUGGAUUUCCUCGGUGGUGGUGACUCCGAUACAUCAACGGUGAUUGAUUUUAUGCGUGUUGACGUGAAACCAACCAUCGCCGGUCUAAAUCUGGACCUCAACUUUCCUCCACCGGAAAAUAUGUGACAUCACCGGAGAAGACGAUCGGAGAUAUUUUGCUAAACAUUUUUAUUUAUAUCAAUUUCCUUUUUAAUGUUUUUAUUUAAACAGAAAAGGGAAAAAAAAAGAAAUAGUAUAUAGAAUUAGAUAGAUGAUAGAAAACUGAAGAGCCAUCGCCGUUGCUGCUGCCGUCGCCGCCAGCGACAAUUUAUCACCGCCGAUGUCAAUAUCAACAAGGCUGAUCUACUUUUACCUUUUUUUGCAACAGAAGAAACAAAUCUAUUGAUUUUGCAAACCUGUUGUUUCAUUUAGAUCAUCCUAUAAUAUUUGUUAUAUACAUUGUUGCCGGUUUUUUCAGCUGAAAAAUAAUAUUAUAUUCUCUA